AUGCCCCGUCGCCCUCCCCCCACUGCGCUCCGUCUCAUCGACGGCCCUCUUCCUGCGAGGGGAAAAUCCAAAUUCACACUGCCAUCCAUCCCUCGACCCACAUUUCAUCCCCCAUCCACCGUUGCCCGUGGACCUGUACCCCGUUCGCGCGAGGUUACCUCCGUGAUCACAGCCAAUGCCGUCACAUCGCCCCAAUCCCAGCCGUCUCAUCUUCCCAUCCCAUCACCCGUGUCUACGGGACGAGCAUCGCCUUCGCCAUCAUUACAGAGCAGCAAACUAACACGGGGCCCGUGGGACCAUUCUAGGUCAAUAUCCGUGCCGUUUGACGUGGAAUCCGUUCUGGCCCCACCGAAACGCGUAGCUGUCAGUUCUGGCAGUGUUCAAUGA